UCGGUUCCAGUCUUUGUGGAGGGAUAUUUUGGGUGUUACCAGAGAGAAAAUGGUUGUUCAAGAGAACUCUCCUCUUAUGGAUAGGUCUGCAACUUCUCGGGCAGCGCGUGAUCUCUGCACCUUCUAAACAACACAUUCCAGUAAUCAGUUCGGUUUGGAACUUGGCACCCUUCUUCUGUGCUGCUUCUAUUGCAAUGUUUGAAUUUGGUGCGGGCACCAAGUGUCAUAGUACUUUUUGCCAUUGUUUGCCGAAAACAUUUUAAAGGCAAAAAUGUUUAUUUUGAACCCCAGAGCAUGCCUCGGACGGCCACGAGACGUGAAGAGGAUGACGAUGAAGUACAGGUUUUUUUGCGUGAACCAUUGGCUCAGUUAUCCCAAGAAUCUUCGUUCAUCUGUGUGUUAACUGAUGCGCUAUCGUCAAUCUAUAAGGCAGCAAAAUUUUAAAGGCAAGAAGAAUUUUAAAGGCGGGUGGGUCUAGCGUCAAGUCGGUGAAGGUACUAUUGCCAACUACUUAAACAUAAGUAUGGAUAUUAUUAUUCAUGCAAUAAAAAAAUGAAAGAAGAAGAAUUUUUCAGCAGGAUAUAUUUCUGAUACGUCAGCAUGUCGACACUUUCGAAGAUUUCAAGUGGCUACCCUUCUAUAUAAACGCAGAACGCAAACAGUAACUCGACUCAAGCCGUCCAACUGAGUUAUGAACUUGAUUUUGCCCUGCACAGGCAGAAGGAGACACAAGUAGAUCUUAUUGCACGACAACACCAGACCUCGCGUGUCUUCGGCGACGUAGAAGAGGGAACACAUUCACAACAAACUCUUCAGCACCCUUCUUAUUAUAGCCCAGAACUUGCCUCAUCGAAUUCACGCAGUAUGGCAUGAAGAACAAGAAGCUCGAGAAGAGAGAGAAAACUGUCUUUUGAUUAGAUCACCUUUAUGGAUAUCCCCUUCAUUCAACGAAAAACCGUCUGCUGUCUAGACAGUGGAGCAAGACAACCGAAAGCAAACAAAGCUUUAACAAGGGAAGAUUCGUCAACCCACAGCCCGUGGACAGGAAUAUCACAGUUUUUACCUACUACUCAGAAGAUCAUUCAGUUUUCGGAAGGAAAAGAACCAAAGCCGACGGACAAAAUCGUCUACACAGCGGGCGCCUUCGAUCUCUUUCAUGUCGGCUACGUUGAAUUUUUAGAACGAGCUAAAAAGCUAGGCGAUUACCUCAUUGUUGGUCUGCACACAGAUCCUAUUGUUAACAGGUACAAGGGAUAUAACUACCCUAUAAUGAACCUUCAUGAGCGUGUUCUGUCGGUGCUUGCCUGCAAAUUUGUUAACGAAGUUGUGAUUGGUGCACCUUAUUACGUCUCAAAAGACCUCAUGGAACAUUUUCGGGUGUCGGUAGUCGUUCAUGGUACGACGAAUAUUAUGGCGGACGUCGAUGGGCGCGAUCCGUACGAAGAGCCCAGAAAACAGGGAAAGUUCGUACAGGUGGAAAGCGGUUCGUCGGUCACAACCCACGAAAUCGUCACGCGAAUUAUUAGCAAUAGGCUGAGAUUCAAAGAGCGCAAUGAGAAAAAGGAAGCGAAGGAACUUGCGGCGUAUCAUGCGUUUGUGAAAAACCGAGAAAAACAACACACAAUUGACAACAACACCGGCGGAAACUGAGUGAGAAGGAUGUAUGUAUGUAUGGCCUCCUAUAGAAUACCUACAUAGUAACUACGUGACUACCUCUGUGAACGGAAGCUCUAAAUUGAUUUAACAACAGUCCAUCAACUGUUCAAAUCAAACACAAUUAUGCCACUGAAGCCCAAAGGACAUUCGAUAUUUACUGUUGAGUGCAGACAAAAUGCAUACGAUACAGGAGACCACACCCAAUAAAUUUUACCGAUAUUUUGAUAGGAGGCGACUAGCUCUCCGCUA